UUUAGCAUACAGGCUCAAGUCCUGAAGUUCUGCUCUGCCACCCACCACUGUGUGGCCUUGGAUAAAUUACUUGGCCUCUCUGAGCUUCGAAUUCUUCACCUAUAAAGAGUGAAUAACGUAUUGUCAAACAGUAUCUCUAAAAGGGUGGGCCAUGGAAGACCAUGGAUCGAUGCAUCAAAAUCAUGUGGGGAGCUUGUUCAAAAUACCAACACUUAGGCUCCACCGUCAGAGAUUCUGACUCAGUAUAUCCAGAAACAGUCUAUGAAUCUGCUUAUUUAGUCACUGUCCCAAGAGAUUCUGAGGAAACCACAAAAUAUUUCUGGGCUAGUUCUAAAUCAGGAGCCCAGAUGAACUUAAGGAUGCUAGCAUGGGAUUCUUAGUUUUUCAAGAUCCGUACACACCAAACCCUUAAUCACCCCAACUCCAGUGUCCGGGCUUUCUCUGGUUUUGUGAAGACUGAGCAAAACUCUGAUGAUGGAAAAGCAAAGGACUUAAUUACUUGCUUCGAUAUCAUUCAACAUCAACUGAGAAGUGAACCAGACGGUAGUACAGCCAUGGAAAGAAAUUCAAGUUUAUGGAAGAACCUAAUAGAUGAACACCCCGUCUGCACCAUCUGGAAGCAAGAGGCCGAAGGAGCCAUCUAUCAUCUUGCCAGUAUCUUAUUUGUAGUAGGUUUCAUGGGUGGCAGUGGAUUCUUCGGGCUCCUUUACGUCUUCAGUUUGCUGGGGUUGGGUUUCCUCUGUUCUGCUAUCUGGGCUUGGGUAGAUGUCUGUGCAGCUGACAUAUUUUCCUGGAAUUUUAUAUUGUUUGUCAUCUGCUUCAUGCGGUUCGUUCACAUCGCCUAUCAAGUUCACAGCAUAACCUUUGCGCGAGAAUUUCAGCUGUUGUACAGCUCCCUCUUCCAGCCUCUGGGGACCUCUUUGCCUGACUUCAGAACUAUUGCUAUGAGCUCAGAAGUGGUUACUUUGGAAAAGGAGCACUGUUAUGCCAUGCAGGGGAAAACCUCCAUUGACAAACUCUCCCUGCUUGUUUCAGGAAGGAUCAGAGUGACAGUUGAUGGCGAAUUUCUGCAUUACAUCUUCCCCUUCCAGUUCCUGGAUUCUCCUGAAUGGGACUCACUGAAACCCACAGAGGAAGGCAUUUUUCAGGUAACGCUCACAGCAGAAACUGACUGUCGAUAUGUGUCCUGGAGGAGAAAGAAAUUGUACUUGCUCUUGGCUCAGCAUCGUUACAUCUCCCGCCUGUUUUCAGUUUUAAUUGGCAGUGACAUUGCAGAUAAACUCUAUGCCUUGAAUGACAGGGUAUACAUAGGAAAAAGAUACCAUUACGAUAUCCGGUUACCCAACUUCUAUCAAAUGUCAAGUCCUGAAAUGUCCAGAUCAACCCUGACAGAACAUUUUCAGAAUUCCAGACGACAUUGUGAUAAAUGACACCGAAGUCUGCAGUUUAAUAAUGAUAAAAGACUCUCUUCAUCACUCCCCGAAUGAAAUAGCAAAAUACAGAAAAUUGAGCUCACUAAUAUUUUUAUAAAUCCAACUCAGAGGCGAGAUGCCACUGCCAGCUGUUUCAUUCAUCUCAAUGUGUGCAUUGUGAAGAAAUUUUACAAGUUUUUUUUCUGUAUUUCUCAUUGGAAUAUAUGGGGGGGCGGUGAGUAACUGUGGGCAGUUUGUCCUUUUCUGCAUCAGCACUGGGAGAAUGAAAUUUUGCGUUCUCAAACAUGUCCUCAGACUUAUUCAAAUCUGCUGCCUUGCCCUACUGAGUUAGUUAGGUGUUGCUUCUCAAGAAGCAGCCAGUAAGUACUCUCAGCAGGAGAGUGGGUAGCUACUGUCCACACGAGUGUUUCCAGAAUUCACUUUUUGCUACAACCUCUGAUGAAAGCAACAUGUGUUAUUGUGGUGAGCAGCAAUUACUUAUUUUAAAUGUGAAGUUAUUUAAUAUGACUAGAAAGCAGAAUAAAUGCAAGAGGUAACAGUAUGCCAAUCUUGAAGACUAUUUUAUUGCUACAAAUAAUUCAUCCGCUUAAUCAUUACAGUAAUGAUUACAGUACCUUACAGUAAUAGUCCUAAUCAUUACAAUAACAUAUUUUAAAAGAGGCAUUUCAUGAAAAAUAAA